CGUUGAUGAAUAAAAGUUACAUUUACGGGUCCCAAUCGCUCAAAUAUUCCAUUCUACUUUCUUCCAGAAUCUACUCUUUUAUUACGUAGCCAAGACACCGAAUCCCUACUAUACAUACCAAAAUAAGUUGGCGGCACACCGAUUUACCACCUAUAAAUACCACCAUCAACAGGAUAUACUUGUCAUCGGUGGUUCAUAACUCAAGCUAGCUUCUUUUCUUCUUCGUUAUAUUUCUGAUUUCAAUCCAAAUAUAUUCGAAAAAACAAAAGCGUGAAAAAUGGCCAAGGCUCGUACGAUAGGAAUCGGGAUGGAUUACUCAGCAACAAGCAAAUCAGCGUUGAAGUGGGCGAUCGAUAAUCUUAUUGAAGCCGGAGACAUCAUCGUCGUCAUCCUUGUCUUGUCGCCGAAAUCAGAUCCCGCUAACAAGAAACUCUUUGCUGACACCGGAUCACCUUUGAUACCAUUGAUAGAGUUGAAAGAGCCUGGUGUGUGCAAGAAAUAUGGAAUCACUCCUGAUUCCGAGCUCUUUGACAUGCUUGACUCAGUUUCCCGGGAUAAAAUGGCUAAGGUUGUUGCGAAGGUAUACUGGGGAGAUCCAAGGGAGAAGCUUUGUGAAGCUGUAAAUCUUCUGAAACUCGAUUCUCUUGUUCUUGGAAGCAGAGGUCUCGGUGCCAUUAAAAGGGUGUUGCUUGGGAGUGUAAGCAGCUACGUGGUGCAAAAUGCGAGUUGUGCUGUCACUGUUGUCAAGUAACUAGACAUGGAGUUUAGUUGGUGUGUUUAUGUAUGAGAACAAAAUAUGCGCCCAUAGAACCAGAUGUUUCUAGUGUUUGGAGAGAUGAAGUGCGAUGGAGACGUCUAUAAGUGGGGAAUAUUUUGUACACUUCGUAUUCUUGCUUUUUGACUGUUUUGUUUUAUUUGUCAUAUAGAAUUUGGAUUGAUGUAUAACCUUUGAUUAAGUUAUUUGUUGUUUUGCUGUUAUAAUUCUUAUGGUUUGGGCCUUUAGGGCAUGUUUGGGAUUAUCUCAAACUCUUUAUUGGCUUUUGAAAAGAGGAAUUCUUCACUUUUUAAAAAAUUAUUUUUUUCGUUG